GUCGGCAAGAGCGGGUGGAGGAAGGAGCGCGUGGCGCGGUGCGUAGUGGGUGGCUCCGCCUCGACUGCGAGUUAGUGUUUAUGAGGAGGAUGCUAGUGGUGGAGGUGGCGAACGGUCGCUCCCUGGUGUGGGGAGCCGAGGCGGUGCAGGCCCUCCGGGAGCGCCUGGGUGUGGGGGGCCGCACGGUUCCAGCGACGUGUGCUUCUCAGGCCCUGACAGCCUUCAAGCGCCAGCAAGAGGAGAGCUUCCAGGAGCAGAGCGCCUUGGCAGCUGAGGCCCGGGAGACCCGUCGUCAGGAGCUCCUGGAGAAGAUUACGGAGGGCCAGGCUGCCAAGAAGCAGAAACUAGAACAGGCUUCAGGGGCCAGCUCGAGCCAUGAGGCCGGCUGGAGCCAGGCUGCCAAAGAGAACGAGACCAGUGAUGGCCAGGCUUCGGGAGAGCAGGAGGAAGCCGGUCCCUCCUCUUCCCAAGCAGAGCCCUCAAAUGGGGUAGCCCCCUUGCCCAGAUCUGCUCUCCUUGUCCAGCUGGCCACUGCCAGGCCUCGACCUGUCAAGGCCAGGCCCCUGGACUGGCGUGUCCAGUCUAAAGACUGGCCCCACGCCGGCCGCCCUGCCCAUGAGCUGCGCUACAGCAUUUACAGAGACCUGUGGGAGAGAGGCUUCUUCCUCAGUGCGGCUGGCAAGUUCGGAGGUGACUUCCUGGUCUAUCCUGGUGACCCCCUCCGCUUCCAUGCCCACUACAUCGCUCAGUGCUGGGCCCCGGAGGACCCCAUCCCACUCCAGGACCUGGUUGCUGCUGGGCGCCUUGGAACCAGCGUCAGAAAGACCCUGCUCCUCUGUUCUCCGCAGCCUGAUGGUAAGGUGGUCUACACCUCCCUGCAAUGGGCCAGCCUGCAGUGAACUCCAAGACCUAGGGGGACAUGGCUGUGUCUGCAGCAAGAGCCUUUCUAGAUGUUCCCCAGCUCUUCUCUGGGAGUCUAGAACAUCCUCCUACCUUUCUCUGCGGUUAGUUUUUGAUUCCAGGUUUUCAAACACUACAUCCUUUUUAUGUUCUUCCUUGUUUGAAAGCACUUAUUGGCUGUGUUUUUGUAGUUACCUGUUUUCACACUGUGAGCUUCCUGAGAAUGGGGCCUGGGUCUGAUUCAUCUGUUUUCUACAGGGUUUAAGUCUCAGGAGAUCUCAAUAAACUUGUUAUAUAAAUGUU